UUUAAACAUCUCCUACAGAGAAAAUACGAUUUAGAGAAAUCUGAAGCAAGUUGCAAAGUUUCCUUUUGUGCAAUUAGCAGAACAACUCUGGGCGUCUGCUCGAAUUGUGUAAGAAGGGAUUGCGUGACUAGAGGGAAAAGAGUAGAACAAGCGUCAGUUCCUCCCCCAGCGGACCAAAACUAAUUGCCACCGUGCAAAGAACGCCGAAGAGACGCCACCCAUUUUUCGAUGUUUUCAGAGCAGAAGCCUCUCUAGGCAGCCGGCCGGUUGCUCUAUAGUGGGGCGGGACUGAAGAAUGACGCGCUGACGCGACUGCCAUCGGGCGGAUCCCGUGAUGGCUGGCGGUGGCGGCACUGCCGCGGUUGCUCUAUCGCUCGCUGGCCUCCCGGCGACUGCUUCAGGAGCCGUUCUCAAAAGCGCUACCAUGGCUGACGACAAGUCCGCCGAGUCCGCCAACGAACGGUCAGGAUGGCUAUCUAGCUGGUUCCCUGCAUGGUGCCCUACAUCACUUGUACAUCUUAAAGAUGCUGAAGAGAAAAUUUUGAAAUGUAUUACAAGUACCUACAGUAAACAAUAUAUAUACCUAUCCAAUGGAAAUAAAAUAUGGACGCUUACAUUCUCUCAGAACCUUUCACAGAAAACUCCAAUUGUUCUUCUUCAUGGGUUUGGAGGUGGUGUUGGACUUUGGGCUCUCAACUUUGAAGAUCUUUGUGAAAAUAGGACUGUAUAUGCAUUUGAUUUCUUGGGUUUUGGUCGCAGUAGUAGACCCCAGUUUGAUUCUGAUGCAGAGGUGGCAGAAAAUCAAUUUGUAGAGUCUAUUGAAGAAUGGAGACGGAAAAUAGGAUUGGAUAGAAUGAUUUUACUUGGACACAACUUGGGUGGCUUCCUGGCAGCUGCUUACUCACUAAAAUACCCAUCAAGGGUAAAGCAUCUUCUAUUAGUGGAGCCAUGGGGUUUUCCAGAAAGACCUUCCAAUGCUGAGCAUGAGAGGACUAUUCCAAUAUGGAUCAAAGCACUUGGAGCUAUUUUGAGUCCCUUUAACCCAUUGGCUGGUCUCAGAAUUGCUGGACCUUUUGGAUUGAGCCUGGUACAACGUAUAAGGCCAGACUUUAAGAGAAAGUAUUCAUCUAUGUUUGAUGAUGAUACAGUCACUGAAUAUAUUUAUCACUGUAAUGUGCAAUCACCAAGUGGGGAAACUGCUUUCAAGAACAUGACAGUUCCCUAUGGAUGGGCAAAAAGACCAAUGCUGCAGAGAAUUGUUUAUAUGCAUCAAGACAUUCCCAUCACUGUGAUUUAUGGAGCAAGGUCCUGUAUAGAUGGCAAUUCUGGAGCCACCAUCCAGUCACUGCGACCAAACUCUUAUGUGAAAACAAUAGCUAUCCUUGGUGCAGGUCAUUAUGUAUAUGCGGAUCAACCUGAAGAGUUCAACCAGAAAAUAAAUGAGAUCUGCAAUUCUGUGGACUGAAAUGAUUCUGCUUUUUGAAAAAAGAGGCUAUAAAUAUAACUCAAAGCAAUACUUUAUAGUAUAUUAUAAAAAAAGUUAAGAAAAAAACUGAAAAAAGAAUCAAUUUUCUAUGCACUCUUUCAUUUAAGAUAUUUUCUCAUUUAAAACUAUGCAGUGCCUUUUAUAUAAUAGGCAGAUUUAAAAAUAGUUGUACAUUUUAGUUCGAUUCUGUCUACAUGUUUAGGGGAAAUAUUGCAUUUCAACAUGUAUUAAAACAUUUUAAAACUGAAAUUUUAAAACUGGAGUUUUGCAAAAUUACAACCUUUAAUAUGCAGGAAUUUCUAUAACAAAAUUACAGUUUGGCUAUUUCUUGCAGUUUCCAUAUACUGCAGUCUUCAUAUCUUAAACUUUUUAAAAAGAUGAAAAAAUUAUUCAGAUUACAUAUAAGAUGACAUUUCAUUGUAUUUUAUGUGAAAUUUGCCAAAAUAAUAUUAAGAAGCACUCAGGAGAAAGAGCACAAAUAAGAAAAGUUGGGAGAAAUUCUGAUUUUUAUUUUUUGCUCUUGUAAAUGUUGUUUACUAUGCUAAUGAUUGAAUGCUUAGUGUCCUAAGUUCUGAGGUACUAAUACCUUAAAACACAUGUUCUAAGGUACCAAUAUCGUUCCACUUGUUUUUGAAAAUAAGUUGCAAAUAGAGUGGAGUUGAAAUCUUUGACAUUGGUAAAGUGUAAGAUAUAUUGAUGAACUGAUUCUCAAAUUUUACGUGCUACUAAAAUUCAGUCAUUACAUAGACCAUGGAUAAAGUAAUGUAGUAAUUACUAUUUGGAUGAAUAUCUAUUUUAUUUUUGGAAUGUUGAGCCAGUCAAACUGUAAAACAAUAUAAUCUUGUCAAAACCAGGUAUCUUAGAAAAAAAGGAAUAUUUAAUUAAAUAAAGAAAUGAAUCUGGAAAAGUUACUAUACCUCAGAAUUUUUUAAAUAAAGUGUCUUAAUGCAGA